AUGAGUGUCCCCAAUUUCCACCUGCAUCACCUACCUAAUCUACUCUGCCCCAUCUUGGGACACCGUGAACUCGCUGGUGCCGAUGCUGGCAUCCACGAUACACAGCCCUUGGAAGAGGCAUGGGGCCUACGAUCCGGAAUCUACACACCCAAACAACUAGUCGAGAGCUUCGCGCCUCUCCUCGACACAGUUGUAUUCCACCUUGGCGAUGAUCCACGAGGAACUAAGCCGGCUCGGACUCAAUUGCUAGACAACAUCGCAGCCAAUUUGGCUACAAACUCCCGCGAGGCCACCCUCCGCCUUACUGAGCCCCUCGACAUAUCACGGCAAGAGAUGAAUGGCCAGGCUAUUCGAAUCGGCAAGACUCUAGUACGAUGGGCUCGAGAUCAAGAAUCCAGCAGCAGAAGAUCCAUCGAUGUUGACCUCCAACUCCGUAGCUCCUGCGAGGGCCACCUUCUCACUCCAUCCAACGUGGAUCUCAUGUUCGGCGACCGCAGCCAAUCGCAUCUAAUGCAGCUCUUCAACGAGUAUAUGCAUCAGAUGGUCCUGCUCCGCGAUGCGCUCUUGCCAUUCCAAAAUUACCAGAAUGUCCUCAUCCCCAUCAACCGCAAAGCGCGAGGCCUCCGCCAUCUUGAACCCGCACGAAGUCAAUUCCUGGCAGAUAUGUUGACCAAACACACCACGCAGCGCAAUGUUGUAACAUUUGCCAAGGCCCUUCUUGCGCCCGGACUCGUUCGUUCGGAUAGUGUUGGGUAUGGCUUUCAGUAUGCACAGGGAAUUGUCCUCCCCGCUUUCCUGGCCGGUGGGCCGACCCCGUUGCAUCUACUGCAGUAUGUUCCUGUCAGAGUGGAUGAAGCGGCGAUGGAUGCGGUAUUUGACUAUCAGUUCGACGAUUACUACUCGGCCCCACGAGCUGAGAUUCCCCCUGGCAUUGAGAAGGUGGUCUCCGAACCAGCCAGCUUCUCUGGGGAAAACAUACAGAUUCAAGAUGGUCCCUCGAUUUGUGUUGUUGGCGGUUCAAAAGUUGGCCAACUUUGUCGAUUAGAAAUGCGAUUCGAGUUGGGGGAUGGGAAGCGUGUCGCUGUCGACGUGGGCCAAGUCUCUCGCGGCCAUCGGUACUCAUACAUGACCGAGGACUCGGAGUCUUCGGUUAAUGGGACAAACAAUGGCAGUGUCGUCCCAAAACCUCGCCAUUCUAUUGUUUUUCAUAAUGCAGUGAGCGUUCUGGAGACCCCCGACUCUAGUCUCUUGACCGCAGAGAAAAAUGGCGUCCAUGUCAUACCGAUUGAGAGCCCCCUGAUAGCCUUUGCCAUACUUGGCAAGCUAUACCCUGAAAAUGUUGUGAUUUUGCCGAGGAACCGAGAAAUCAGCCUGGCGGAUAAGGCUGGCAAAGGGUUCGGGUCAAAGUUUGUUAUAUGGGGUGGUGCACAGCCGGGCGGGCUAAAAGGGGUGUUUUAG